AUGUCGCCCAUCCGUACGCAAUGGACGCGCCUCAUUCGCUUUGUGGCGGCGGAGACGGCCCAAGUCCACAUCGGUGAGCCGGUGGAUGCCAAGCUCGACGUCGGUCUUGCCCUCCACCAAAAGAAACCCAUCAAGGCAUACGAGAUCACGGGCUCUGCUCUCGACUCCUCCGCUCAAGUGACCAAGAACGUCCUCACCGUCAGGCAGCUGCUGGCUCCACUCUCGCGUGAAGAAGUUGGCCUCGUGCGUUGCCUAGGGCUCAACUAUGCCGAUCAUGCCGCGGAAGCAAACCUCGCCAAGCCGACCUACCCAGUCCUCUUCUACAAGCCCGUCACCGCCUUGAUCGGCACCGAAGUCCCCGUUACCAUCCCUAAGCAUGUCCAGCCUGUCGACAAGCACCUUCCCGACUACGAGGUCGAGUUGACUGUCGUGAUCGGCAAACCAGCGAAAAACGUGUCCGAGGCUGACGCGCUUGACUAUGUUCUGGCGUACACUGGUGGGAAUGACAUUUCUUUCAGGUACCACCAGAUGGCUGUUUCACAGUGGAACUUCUCCAAGGGUUACGACAACACCACGCCAAUUGGUCCCUGCCUUGUCGCAGCCCACGCUAUCCCCGAUCCUCAAGCCCUCCCCCUGAAGACCGUCGUCAAUGGGGCUACUGUCCAGGAUGGCACUACGGCUGACCAGAUCUUCAACGUUCGCCAGACCAUUGCGUUCUUGUCGCAAGGAACGACGCUCAUGCCGGGCACUAUCAUCAUGACUGGCACACCCAAGGGCGUCGGCUUCGUGAAGAAGCCCCCCGUCUACCUCAAGGACGGCGACGAUAUGAGCGUCUGGAUCGGCAACGGCAUCGGAACCCUUGUCAAUCCCGUCGUUGAGGAGCGCGGGAAUGCCAAGGCGAAGCUUUGA